AUGCCGCGCGGUGCGAUACCAACACGAGUUCUGCCAAAGCUCUCAUCACUUCAGCAACGUCCAACAGUCAAAGUAUUCAGGAAACCCAAGAAGAGUAACGAACAAGUCGCUGCCGACGAAAAAGAUUCAGGAACCAUAUACAGGAGAGGCGCGCCUCUCUUCAAUGCCAAACGUAUAAUAGAAGGCUCUGGUGCUGCAUCUACACAAUCCAUCAGGAAACUCAAGGCAGAUCCAUUUGACCAGUCCUGGCGCAAAGACGUUUCCGAAGAUGUCUUACAAUUCGUCGAUGACAUGGAAGUUCAGGGCACCAAGCUACUACCAGAGGAACUACUACAGCUGAUCAGAGAUCCCGCAAAGUAUUUCAGCAGACCACAACACGUUCCUGAGUGUCUCAGGCAGCAGGUCUAUUUCCCUAAUUUCUCUGUAUGCAUCAAACGCAACAAGCAUCUGAGCCCCUAUUAUGCACAGUUCCAGGUCCCAUUAUGGUUCAACAAGCUCGACCUGAAAGCUUAUCUCAAAGACCUUUACAAUGUUGAUACCGUACACAUCAGAUCCUGGGUCACCCACGUACGGCCUGUAAGGCAAGACGUUCUUAACAAAUUCAGCCUGGCAGCAUACAAACAAUCACCAGCCAAGAAGGAAAUGAUAGCUCAGCUCGUCGACCCUUUCGUUUGGCCCGUAGCACCAGAAGAUAUCGACCGAACUCCAUUCUCGACCCAGCAAUUCCAGGACGUAGCCAAAGUACAAGAGGACGAGAGCAAGAAAACCUCCGACCUGUUCAAUAGUAUGCUCGACAGGAAACACAGAAAAUCCAUUGCAACGCAGGCUCAAGAAAUGCUCCAAGGCAAGAUUGCCUGGGGUCCAACAUGGCAGCAACUCGCCGAGACACGUCGUGCGAUGGCGGGCGCAGCCGAUACAUUACCUCCUUCUCAUUCUCCUCCUCCACCUCCUGCUGCUCCUAAGCGCACUCAAGAGUCGGGUAUUAGCAGAUAA